UUUAUGCUCAAAGUGAAAUGCGUGACAUUAUUUUUAAGAUCUCAUGCUUGAGCCUGUUUUGGGUAAACAAUAACAAGGAUGUAAGACAAACCGUUGUAAAAUAUCUCUUGGAUGUUCAUUAUGUAAUUCUUUGACAAAUAUAGAUUCUGUUGCAUUAAAAGCAGACGAAAUGCUUGGCUCCACUCUGCCAUCUAGCGUCACUCCAAUCCAGUGUUUCUUCAACAGUAGAUCUGGAUUACAACCCGGGCUCUCUUCGGGGUUAAUAAUAACUGUUUGUUAAUGACUGUCGACCUCUAGUCCUGAUCAUGAACAUGUACCAGUUUCAUUCUCUCCGUGAUACACCGUUGACCACUGGUGCAUGGGCAGAGGUGGCAUACGGUGUAAACUUGUUCCAGUGCAUUCGGCGAGUUAAGUUCUCUAGAAAUCUAAACGAGACGUUAACAGUGUUGCUCAACCUUGAAACUGAAUACUGCUGCUGUUGCCUGUUGUGUUUAGGGGGUUUGGGGCGUGCGCUCUGUGACAAAGGACCGCCCGGCUUUCAGCGGCUCCACCUUCUUCCGAUCCAGCCAGAACAUUAAUGCGCAUAGACUCGAGACAGGACUCAGUUACACUGGAAGCUGUGUUCCGGCCAGUGUACAGCCCAACACAGCCAUGAGCUUGCGAAAUGAGCUGACUUGAUGGCAGAUAUCGAUGAAUACACAGAAAGUCAAUUUUAAGCUUUAAUUUAUUUAUGGAUAGGCGAUGAUACUUUAUUUUUCAUUUAUGUUAUGGUUAUUUUAUAUUGUUUUGUCUCUUUAAAUGUAAGUGCUUGACAAAUACAGUCUGAUAUAAAACAUAUCCAGCUUCGUUUUCUCACUCAAAGCAGUAUUUGUUUGUAUAUGCAUUCAAAGAUCACGCCUUCCUUGCUACAAGCAAAACCGAGAGAGAGAGAGAGAGAGAGAGAGAGAGAGAAAAACAUAAUCGUGUACCUUUAAAACUAAGUUUGUCGUGUAUGCUGGAAUGAGGUCAGACCCAAAGCUCCUCAUUGCACGCGCUGAUUAUUAUUAGAUUCCUUUUUCAGCCAAUGAAAAGAGAGUAGGCGUGUUUUGGCGCAGGGAAGGCUAGAAACAGCCUAUGAUUGGCUGACCACUGUCUCUAUUAUACCAUUGGAAACGGAUAAAGCUGUAUGAGGCAGAAUAGAAGUCUGUUGAAACUUACAGACUGCUUUUAAGAGACGGAUCCUUGUGCUAGAAUUACAUCCUGGUUUUCCCGCAUGGUUUAACGGGGAAGGAUAUGCUGAAGGAGUCAGAUAUCUUCCGAAACUUGAACAGAGCUUUGCUGCAUCGCAGCGCAUACACUAACACUGAGCUUUCGCAUAGCUGCGCUCAUAUACAAACUUUCAACUGCUCAUCGACUGUUACAACAUUAUUACUGGAUGCACGGACACUGUGGAAAUCGGAAACUGUAUCAGCUCAUUGAACUAUAUGAUAAAGCCCAGAAACAAAACUUUAGACACACAAAGCCACUGCACUAAGCACGACUGAAAGCGUGUGGUGCACCAGCCGCCUCGGCUCUCCUCAGGACUAUUAUCAGACUGAGUUUUCUUUAGCGACACGUUGGGCUUGAGAGUGCACGCUCUCUCUCUCUUUCAGACUGUAGCAAUGGUCCAGAAAACAAGCAGCACAGAGAAUCCCGAUGCGCUGUUUGCUGGAGACUCCGAUGCCGGCGCGCUGGAUCUGGACAUGGCUUCCUCUCCAACCCCUGGUUCCACGGCAUCCGGGGGUGACAAGCUUGACCCCGGCUGGUGCAAAACCCCCAGCGGUCACAUAAAGAGACCAAUGAACGCGUUCAUGGUGUGGUCGCAAAUCGAGAGGCGCAAGAUUAUGGAGCAGUCGCCGGACAUGCACAACGCGGAGAUCUCAAAGAGACUUGGCAAGCGCUGGAAGCUCCUGAAAGACAGCGACAAGAUUCCCUUCAUCCGAGAGGCGGAGCGGCUCAGACUCAAGCACAUGGCAGACUACCCAGACUACAAGUACCGGCCGAGAAAAAAAGUGAAGUCAAGCGGCUCGAAACCGAGCGAGAAAGGAGAAAAGAUCAGCGGGAGCAGCGGGAGCAGCGGCAGCACGAGUUCCGCCUCGAAACCGUCCUCAAAAAAGAGUGGGAGCUCCAGAUCAACCAGCAAGCCGCACAAAAUAGUUCUGGGAAGCGCGAAGGCGGCGUUUCCCGAGCAGGGACCCGCGGAUCACCACUCUCUUUACAAAACCAAGUCGGCGUCGGCUUCCAAGCAAAUUCCCGACAAGAAGGCUAAGAGAGUUUACAUUUUCGGAGGCAGCGGCAUAAGCCCGUCUUCAGCAGCUGUGCCCGCCAGUCCGACCCUGAGCAGCUCCGCCGAGUCCGACCCGCUGAGCCUGUACGAGGACGGCGCGACGAGCGGCAAGGAGGGCGCCGACUCCCCCAGCAGCUCGUCCUCGGACCGCCACAGGUACACCAGCAUGCGGGCGUCUUCACCCACUCCGUCCGCGUCACAUUCGUCCUCCUCAUCCCAGUUCUCCUCUUCUUCCGACGAGGAACUCGACGACGACAUGCUGGACAUUAACCCGAGCCCAAGUUUUGACAGCAUGUCCCUGGGAAGCAUCGGCUCCUCGGUGCUUGACAGAGACUUUGACAUGCAUUUUGAAUCUGGAGCUUCUCAUUUCGAGUUCCCCGACUACUGCACCCCUGAGGUGAGCGAAAUGAUUUCAGGGGACUGGUUGGAGUCGACCAUUUCUAACUUGGUGUUCACUGCUCACGUAUUGAACUAGAGAAAGUUGAGGAAAUACGUCUGAGGAAGAACACUGAACAAAAGGGAUAGCAGACAAGUGUGUUUGUAAAAUAAGCCACCAUGUGAGGGGCCCCGCGCGUGAGACAACGGCAAAGCGCUGAAAAACAAAAGCUACGAUGCUUUCGUGAAACGCUGGCAGGAUGGAAAAGUGCCGCUAACCAUUUUGUCGCGAGAGGGCCGAAGUCAUUUCCCCGUGCUCGGCACGAGACGACAGGAGGAAAUUCACGAGGAGUGCUUGAGAAACACGUUUUGAACUGGAAACUGAUUGAUUUGCACGUACAUGAAGGCGGGCUUCUGUCGUCUGUUUUAAUCAUUUUACAUCAAAAGAGACGUUUAAGAACUUUAUUGAUUCACCUUGUGGACUUGAUUGCUUAACGGAGGUACUGAAAUAUAGGCUGUUUUUCAGCAUGGCGGAUUUAUUGGCAAGGUGGGUUGACAAAAGACAAACAGGUUUUUUUACAUAAUGAAAAAAGGGAAAAAAAAUAACGCAUGUUAUCUGUCCUCUUGUAAUGAGAAUUCUGUAAGACUGUCGAACAGUUAAACUAACGUUGGGAUUAUUUAAAUGGAUAGAUGGCGCUAUGUUUGAUUUCCUACUCGCAGGAAAAAAAAAAAAAAAGAUCACCAGCUGUUUUCAUUCUUAACUUCAGGAUUCAAACACAAACUCAAAUCUGUGCUGAACUUUAUAUACUACUUCAGGACCAAAACUCUUAAGUUUCUGAAACUAUUAAGAAAUACUGUUAAUUUUUGUCAUGGUUGUUUCCUUUUCUGUGUUCUUCAGAUGCCACUUUUAUAUGGAUGUAUUUAUAUAGGCUACUGGCCAAACAGUUCGUCUUAUUUUUAUGUUCUUGUAAGUACCCUCGCAUCUGUCUGUCUCCUUCUCCGAAGAAGGGCUAGAGUUUUAACUUUUGUUUUUUUUUAUAUUUAAAUGUAGACUUUUGACACUUAAAGAGAGGAAACGUUUGAUUAUUUUCUCAGUGUAUUUUUGUACAAAUAUAUAUAAAUGGGGGGUGUCAAUAGGUGUAAAUCGCUGUUUUGGAUUUCCUAAUUUGAAGAGGCAGGUGUGUCGGUGGUCUCUGAAUCGACCUCCUGUUUCAUGUUUACAGUCUCAAUCUGCAGGCGUCUUAAAGACACACACUCCAAAACCCAGUUCAAGCCAACAUGUGCUUCGUUUUUUACAUUUUCUCUGAGCGUGCCGAAUUAAACAGAUUGUAGCUUUAAAACGAGCGAUUUUCUUGGCGUUUUAUAUCUUAAGAAACCACUGGAUGGAAAAUCGUUACACAUUCAAAAUGGUCCAUUUGAGAUUCGCGACGAUUAUGUGCGUUCCUCAUUGUAUUUGAAUAUUUAAUCUUUUCUACUUGUCGGAUAAGUAUAGCUAAUUGUUUUAGUAUCUUAAGGCAUGGUGAAUAGAUUUGUAUUUCCGAUUCAGGUUUAUAGCUGUUGUGUUAAAAAAGCAAGAAAAAAGGGGGAAAAAAACAUCUUUGUACAGCUGUAUCAUAGGCAAAAAGAUUGUGUGUUUAUGUAUGUUUUUGCGCUUUAUCUCGACAAGCACUAGAAUGGCUAUCUUUAUACAUCCUUGCUUAGCCUACUUCAUUUCAAGAUGGUUGUUAAGGAUUUUUAUAUAUACAUUUGAAAUAUAUUAACUUUAUUUUCAUCCAUUCUGUGCAAUAUGCUGUGUAGAAAUCUUGUUUUGUCUAAUCAUGCCAUAAAUCCCAUGCCAGCUUAUUGUGUCAAGUCACUGCCUGACAGACUGUUCAUAAACUCUUGUACAGAACUUUUUCAUAAAGGAAAUAAACUCAGCUGGAACUGAACCCUAAA